AAGAUGGCGGCUUCGUUGCUAUAAACAAGUCUCAGACGAGAGUUCUUCAAUUUUUUGCCUCAAAAUGGUCAAACAUAAAGUUACGGUGAAGUUUGGCCCUUAUAUGUCAUGUGGAAUAGUGGAGCAUCGGACUGCUCGAUUAGAAGGAUUGCAAGGUAAAAACUGUUAAACUACAGGGAGCUAAAAUGCUAGGUUACUUAGUAUGAAAGUAGUCUCGUAAUGUUGAUGUUACUAGUAACGCGAAUUUAACGGAUUUAGUCCAUUAGACUUAAUCAACCGAAAUCGUAGCUAAACAAUGCACUGUAGAAGCGCACCAUUGGCUUGCAACGCCUCGGUUCACAAGCUGUCCCUUUUCAAAAAGACUUGUCAUCUUAAAGUGAGCAUAUCAUAAACCAGAUGUUAAAUAAACAUUUUCCAGGGUAACCACUGAAUUAUAAUCUUUUCUCUUGCAAGUGUGUUCCAAAACGGCUUCUUUUUGGGGUGGGAAGAUAAACGACUCUGAGAAAAAGUUUUUUUUCUUCAGUGUACACUUAUGGCAGCUCUCCUGGAUGCAGCGCAAAAUCUCCCAGUCUCCCAUACGAACAACCCAAAAAUCUCCCGGAUAAAAUCGACUCUUAAGCCUUUCUUUGACAGCAUUGAGUUUUCAGUUAGAUAGCUAUAGAGCUGACAGAAGACCUCUUUUUCGAAUGCUUUGCUGACAACUGGUUUUAUGGAAAUGGGACAGUAGUUUUCACAUUGCCGUCAGUCUCCAGAUUUAAAAAUAGGUGUUACAGGAGCACAUUUCCAUUCAUCCAUGUAUAUGCCCCACGUCAUGAGGGACAGAUUAAAGAUGAACGUGAGUGAGGGUGCAAUGAUAUUCACAGACAGUUAAGAAUUUUGGCAGGAGUUUUAUCCAAACCAGUUGCUUUGGAUGGUUUUAAGUUUCUCAGUGUUGAAAUAACACUAUUAACAAGAAUUGGUGAAAAUUUAAAUUGUGCGUGUGGCAUUGGUUAGCAUCAUCAAUUACCAGAGGCUCAGUAUUGAUGCACUGCUCAUUGCCACAUUCUGCUGCAAGCUUCGGUCCUGUGUUUAUAAAAUAGUCAUUGAAAGCUUCAGCUAUAGAUUUAGAGUCCAAUAUUUCAUUUUUCAUUCACUGAUAGAGAGCUCACAUUAUUCAAUUUGUUAUUUCUCCCUAAUUGCGAAUUAAUAAGUGUCCAGGUUUUCCUAGGAUCAUUCGACGCAGAGCUUUCUCCAAUCUUGUCUUGAAAAAAUUUUGAUUUAGCAUUAUGCAUUUCAAUGUUUACUUUAUUAUGCAAAUUUCGAUACUUCUUCCAGUGAAAAUUCAAAAACUCUAACCAGCUGGGCCCCUCGCAUAUAAAUUUGUGCACAUAGCAAUCUAUUGCUGAUAAGAUGAUGUGUGAGAUGAUGUCUACUCUUAUACGUCUGUCAGCAAAGUAACAAAGGCUCUAUGACUUUGUCUUUAAAACAAAACUGAAUGCAAGGCUGGCAAUACGGCAAAGGGCUGAUUUAUUUGAGGCCAAUAUUUUGGCUAUCUCUUGGAAUCAUUUUUAGUUUAUCAUUAACCUCUUAUGUAGAUUUAAAUUCAAAUUGUAGGAGCCAUUAUAGUAUUCUCUUUCAGUGUAGCUCUGGCCCUGAGGAAGGCUGAUUUUGUUAGCCGAAGUAUUGGCUACAAAAUGCCUUAUUGCCAGCCUUGCAUUCAGUUUUGUUUUAAUUCCCACUUCAAUUGAUGUCUGGCAUUAGCAUCUCUACAUUAGAGAUCUGGCAAGGAAAACCAGUCGGUUUUAUUCACACGUCGAGUGGACCUCUGCAUUGAAGGGUUUUUGCCUUGUCUUUGUUAGCACUACUAAGAAGUGAAGGUCACACUGUAGAAUUUGUAAAAACUCCAGACAGAGAUGAUGUAGAGUUGGUUGUUCAUGGAGAAACAAUUUAUUGCUGUAAGAUUCAAAAUCUCCAAUAUGGUAAGUCUAUAAGUUACUCAUGGUUUCCUCACUGGUCUUAAGUUCCUCAGAGAUCAACGCCAGUUUUCCAUUUCUCUAGUUUGGUUGCCCGAUAUAAAGAUAACUUGUUGCAAAAUGUUGCAGAUGUCCAAGCUUACUGUUAAUAAUGUAUUGACAUGAAGAGGAAAUGUACUCUUGUCCUCUCAACUACGGCAUUGCCGUUACCAUGUUGAUGAGUUUCUGGGGUAGUUAUACUGGUUUCAGCAACCUUAGAGUUAAGAGAUAACUCGAAAUACUGUUACCUGAUGGUUGCAGCCUUUUAGGAGUGUUCUAAUUUUUGUGCUCAUAGUGCCAGGUCAUUGUAUAGAUAUGACUCAGUGCUGCAGUUUAUGGCUUUUUUUUGUUGUUCAGGUGGUGAUGGAAAGCUUGAUCCAAUAUGCAAAGAAGCCCUCACUGCUGUCAACAAAGCCUACUGACCUACAGAAAAUUGAUUUUUAUCAAUAUAUUUUUACUAUUUCCACACUGUUUUUAAGCGUAUUUCAUACAAAAUAAUUGCACAAAAUGAAGGAAAUGUUCUUCACAGUGCUUUGUAAAUAAGACAAGUUUGUCAAUAAAGUUAUCUCUUGAGAA